GGAAAAAAAAGAAAAAAAACAGCACAAGCAGUUUGAGUCACGGUAGUUUCACUGCACAAGGAAGUUAACUUUGAAGAAACUUUGGUGCCUUCAUGUCUCUGAGAGCUCUGAGAGUCUAGGGGCGUGUUUCACCUGGACAGCCGUGACAGAUGGACCGAGCCGCGGCCAAGUGGGGCAACUGUGUCGGCCAGUUUGUGACUUCGAUGGGAGUCUGGUCAGUCGUGGGGGUGACUGUGCUGUCCCUGCUUCAGGUGGCCCACUGCUCCGUCAUCCAGAGACACAAAGCAGGAGAAGACGUGCUGCUGGACGAGCAGGCGGCGGUGUCCUUCCUGUCCCGCUCACUGCUCUACAACAGCUGGGACUUUGAGCUGGUGGUGCCCGACAACCUCCAGAGGGAGUGCAUCGAGGAGAUAUGCAGCUACGAGGAGGCCCGAGAGGUGUUUGAGGACGACACGCAGACGAAACUAUUUUGGGAAGAUUAUGUCAACAGUCACGACUCUGCACCUCCCGUGGAUGUGUCAGGGCUGGUGGCGGGGCUCGUGGCCAUAGUGGUGGUUGCGCUUUUUGCCACCGUGCUGGGAAUCUACUUCUACAGAGCCAAGAAGAAGAGCGCACAGAGGUCGGGCCGAGCCCCAGUGAGAAUGGCAGCAGACGGACGCCCAGACGCGGAGACGGUGCCUCUGGGUGCGAUCCCGGCCCCGGGCUUACCCAGCUACAAUGAGGCUCUGACUCGCAGUGGGCAGCAUGAUGCCCCACCGCCACCUUAUUCUGGGGGGGCGCCAUCAGAGCCUGCAGAGCCAGGAGACAACUAAUGAGAGGACUGGCAGCGCCUCUUCAUUACCCCCGAUGGGAACUGGUGGUCUGAGAGAACUUUUAAAUAUUGUUUUGCCCUUCUUCGUUUUUUUUUUCCUCCCUCACAAAAAUAUAAUAAAUGUAUAAAUAAAUUGUAUUUAUAUUUUAGUUAAACGAGAUAAUGCUGCAUAACGUGCGCUUCCUUGUCCACCACAAGAUUGUGGACUGGGCCGCACCGUGCACCAAACUGUGUUGUGUGUAAAGAAGAAAAGAAAAGAAAGGGACAAUCAAAUUCAUGAAGAAACAAAAAAUUUGUUUUAUAUAAUAAAUUACAUAACAAUUA